UAUAAAAGAACAGUACGCGAUGGAUAGUGAAAAGUACUUACCGGAGCUGAUGGCAGAGAAGGAUUCACUGGAUCCAUCUUUCCUGCACGCUUUACGACUGGUCAAUCAAGAAAUUGAAAAAUUGCAGAAAGAUGAAGAGAAAGAAGAUGAGAAGUUCAUUGACGUAGUUAUCAACAAGAACAUGAAGCUAGGACAGAAAAUAUUGAUACCAGUGAAGCAGUUCCCCAAAUUUAACUUUGUUGGCAAACUCCUGGGCCCACGUGGGAACUCCUUGAAGAGGUUACAGGAAGAAACCCUCACAAAGAUGUCCAUCCUUGGAAAGGGCUCCAUGAAAGAAAAAGAAAAGGAGGAAGAGCUUAGAAAGAGCGGAGAAGCCAAAUACCAACAUCUCAGCGAGGACCUCCAUGUGCUGAUUGAAGUAUUUGCUCCACCAGCAGAAGCCUAUGCCAGAAUGGGACAUGCGCUAGAUGAGAUCAAAAAGUUCCUCAUUCCAGAUUACAAUGAUGAAAUCAGACAGGCACAGCUUCAGGAGCUGACAUAUCUCAAUGGAGGUUCAGAAGAUGCAGAAGUGCCAGCAGUCAGAGGAAAACCAAUAGCAAGAGGCAGAGGCACACCCGCACCAGGGCUGCCCAGGGGCAGAGGAGGGAUCCCCCCACCCCAAACAGUGGUACCACGUGGUGCUCCUGCCCCCAGGUCAGCCCCUCCAGGACGAGUUCCCAUGACGGCAGGACGUGCCCUCCCUGCACUGAGAGCCAGAGGGGCCCCCCCACCUGCUGGAUACAGACCCCCGCCACCGCCUGCACAAGAAACCUAUGGAGAAUAUGAGUACGACGAUGGAUAUGGCACAGCCUAUGAUGAUCAAGGUUACGAUUCCUAUGACAACAAUUACAGCGAUCAAGGUCAAAAUGCAAGUGAUUACUAUGACUACGGACAUGGGAUAAACGAAGACUCCUACGAUUCUUACGGCCAAGAAGAAUGGAGUAACACUCGUCACAAAGCACCUCCAGUGAGAACAGCGAAGGGAGUUUACAGAGAACAGCCGUACUCCAGAUACUGAACUCAGAGAAACUGAGUCUCAUGUGCUGUUCAGUGGAAUGGCUUUUCUAUGAACAACCUCUCAUUUUUAUUACAAAAACAAACACAUGCAAACCAAGUUGUGAACUGCUUACAAACCAUGAAGGAGCCUGGAAUGUUGGAUUGACCAUAGCUGUGGAGCUAUCAAGGAACUGGUUACUCUCUGUAAUGGGAAACCUUUUUCGGGGAAAGAAAAUAUGUAUGUUGACAGAUAUAGGUAAACUACCCAUUUAUUAUUGACUAGUAUUUAACAAAAACAAUAUGAUACAAGGCUAGUUUUUGCUAGAGGUAGAAAUGUUUUUUAAUAUGGUAUUUUAACUUCAAAUGUAGUCUUUUUUAAUUGUGCAGGAUUAGGAUAAAAAAAAAAAGAUUUCUUAGUUUAGUUUUAUUUGUUUAUUUUUUGGGUGGUUUGGAAAUUGGGAGGGUGGGUCUAGCUUCAUCCCUUCAUACCUAAA